AUGGCCGCUAAGUCGGAUGGAGCAGCGGUGUGUGCUGUGGAAGAUGACAAUACGCCCAGGAGCCACUCGGAGCCGGGGAUCCCCGCCGCCCGGCCCCGCUGCAGCGCCGCCGGCGGCGGGAAGCCCUACACCCCGCUGGACUGCUGCUGGGUGCUCUGCGCCCUGCUCGUCUUUUUCUCCGACGGCGCGACCGACCUGUGGCUGGCCGCCGACUACUACCUGAGGGGCGACUACUGGUGGUUCGGCUUGACGCUCGUCUUCGUCGUGGUGCCCUCCGCCGUCGUCCAGGUCUUGAGUUUCAGGUGGUUCGUGUACGACUACUCGGAGCUGAGCUGCGGGGACGGAGCAUCGAGCGGCAGCGGCGCGGUGGCGGCAGGCGCGGCAUGCGGAGCAACCACGGCGAGCGACAACACUUUGAGCACCAAGGACAGCGAGCAGCGCGGUGGCUGCGCGGCGGCGGGGAACGCCGCGAAUGCUAACCCGGUUUACACGUCCUCUGCCCCGCCUGCGACGGUCGGGAGAGUAGAGCCCCCACGGAGGUGCUGCACCGUCUGCAUGUGGGUCUUUCAAACGGUGCUUCAUGUUCUGCAGCUGGGGCAAGUGUGGAGGUACAUCCACGCCCUCUACCUGGGCGCCCAGAGCCGUUUGCAUAGCAACAGGCCCCGUCGCCACUUCCACUGGCGGCUGAUGUUUGAGAGCGCUGACAUCACCAUGCUGCGCCUCCUGGAGGCCUUCCUGAAGUCGGCCCCGCAGCUCGUCCUCCAGCUGAGCAUCAUGAUUCACGGAAACACCGUCCUCCCUCUGCAGGGUCUCUCGGCCUCGGCCUCCCUGGUCUCUCUUGCCUGGAUGAUCGCCUCCUACCAGAAGGUUCUCCGGGACUCCCGCGACGACAAGCUGCCCAUGUCCUACAAGGCCGUGAUCACCCAGAUGCUGUGGCACUUCUUCACCAUCGGGGCGCGGACCGUGGCCUUCGCCCUCUUCGCCUCCGUCUUCCAGCUCUACUUCGGCAUAUUCAUCGUCAGCCACUGGUGUGUCAUGACGUUCUGGAUCAUCCAAGGUGAGACCGACUUCUGCAUGUCCAAGUGGGAGGAGAUCAUCUACAACAUGGUGGUGGGCAUCAUCUACAUCUUCUGCUGGUUCAAUGUCAAGGAGGGCCCCAGCCGCUUCCGCAUGACCGUCUACUACUCCGUGACACUGGCCGAGAACGUGGCGCUGACCGCCGCCUGGUACACCUACCGCGGCCCGCCCACCUCCGACUCCUACGCCGUAGUGGUGGUGUGCCUGGUGGCCUGCAGCUUUGCCCUGGGAACCUUCUUCAUGCUGGUGUACUACUGCUGGCUGCACCCUGACGGGCCGGUUCUGGGCUCACAGUGGGGAGGCUGUGUGGAUGAGGGUGUGGUGGGGUCCCAAACGGACAUGGUCAUUACCAGCCCUCCGAGGACUCUCCCCAGGACUAAAGACACGGGGGAGCCGGUUCCCGGGGAGCGAGACAAGGACAGAGACAGGGACAGUUGCCUGCCCGUCUUCCAGGUUCGUCCCUCUCCUUCAUCCUCACCUGCAUUCCUUCACAGGACCUCGUCGUCAUCCCGCGCACAGGAGGGCCCAGUGAUCCGGAUAGACCUGCCGAGGAAGAGAUACCCAGCCUGGGAUGCGCACUUUAUCGAUCGCCGCCUCCGCAAGACCAUUCUGCUUCUGGAGACCACGUCAGCCGUCAGCCCCAGGAUACAGUACAGGAGUAGCAUGAUGGGCAGCAAAGAGGUAUUAGAAUAUGAAACAACUGUCUAA